CGCACGAACCAACUGUCAUUGUGUUGUCGUCGUUCAUUUUCUGAAUGGUCACAGUCGCAGCGAGAAAAUGAAAACUUUGUGCAAUUUACGAUCGAACCGUUCCUAAAUUGCGUAUCAUACGUUUCAAGUUUUUCUCGAAACAGUUUGGAAUCCGACGAAAAUCAUUUCGUGAGUCGCUCCAAUAUUUUAGCACGCAAUAAUGGUCAAAAAGAAGUGCAACGAGUUUAAGGACGAUGGUUCCUCGACGGAGUCGAACGAUGAUGCAAGAAUAAACAACCACUAUCCGAAUAUGAGGGAAGCAUGUCCUCACGCCAAACUGUCUGUGGCACCGAACGUGCUAAGAAAGGAGCUGAGAUCCACUGGGCUGGCACAAAAAUGUAACAAAUGUACUGGUAGCAAACCAACCCAAGCCAUCGAGAAUCCGGUGAGAAUCAUGGAAGAUGAGGAUUACGAGAUGGAGGAAGAUUCAAGUCUGUGGUUGUGUUUAAAAUGUGGGGUUCAAUUGUGUGGUCGAUACCGGAAUCAACAUGCUUUAGGUCAUUUUAAGACUCCUCACUCUGAUCAGCACUCGUUGGCUUUGAACACAACGACUUUUAAGGUUUGGUGCUACGCGUGUGACGCCGAAGUAACUCCGAAAUCGUUCCCUAAGCUGACGGAAUGCGUCGAACUUGUAAUGCGCGAAGCGAACAAGGCAAAGGAUGUACCGCCAACAAUUUCCAACAUAGAGCAAAAGCUACUCUCCACGGCUGAAUCUGUACGGGCCGUGAUUGGCGAUGGAUUUCCUACACCGGUUGCUAGCGGUUCGACCCACAGCAAUUCUACGCUGGCCUCCUCGGCUCGGUCCGAUGUUGGUACAUCAUCAUCGGCGGCUGCUCCGUACGUUCCGAUCUAUCGUGACAUUCGACUGGACGGUUUGGGCAAAAAAUUACCGAUGGUGCUGGGAAUCGUUGACAAUCUGCCGCGAGUGCGCGGCCUAUCGAAUCUUGGAAAUACCUGCUUUUUCAACGCGGUCCUACAGUGUCUGGCCCGGACUCCCUAUCUGUUGGAUGUGCUGCAGGAAUCGGCUGCCAAAGGUGAAAAGUUUCAACUGCCGGGUGGUGAACUGAAGCUGAAAGAUGGACGAGUCACCGAACUCCGAACGAUUACGGGCGAGCUUGGGACGUGGGGUAAUUUGACGGAGGCACUGGCCGAAAUACUGACCGAAUUACAGAGCGGUGCUGGUGGCGUAAUCACGCCGAGUCGACUUCUACAGCAGUUAACCAGCCGAUGGCCACAGUUUGCCGGUGCCGAUCAGCACGAUUCGCACGAACUGCUGAGGCAUCUACUGGAGAGUGUUCGCUACGAGGAUUUGAGAAGAUAUCAGCGAGUGAUUCUGAAUUCGCUUGGGUUCACCACAAAAACGGAUCCGCAAACCGUCGACGAAACACUGAAGGAAAAAGUCAAAUUCUACGGUAAUCAAGCAAAUGACCGCAUCAUUCGCCCGGAACCGGUGUUUCGAGGUUUUCUGGUUUCGACACUGACCUGCCAGGACUGUCAGCACAUUUCGUCACGGCACGAGCCCUUCCUGGAUCUUUCGCUUCCGGUGAGUUCGGAAAAACCGCAACCACCGAAUAGACGAAAAGCGAGCCCCGAACCGGACUACGGUUACAGCGGUAGCGGUAGCAGUGGCACUCCGAAACCACUCAGCCGAAAGGAACAUCGACAUCUGCGAAAGGCGAACCGUUCCAAGCGGGAUAAGUUUUUGCGAGAUUUGGAUCCGCUGCUCGGAGCGGUCCCAGCUUCGGCAGAUGAUCGAACAAAAGUAGCUCACGACGACGACGACGAUGACGAUGACAACGGUGGUGGUGGUGGUGGUGAGGGAGGAGCAGCCGGAGGAGGAGGAGGAGAUGCGGAAUCCGGUGCAGAUGAUGACGGAAUGUCCGACGCGGAUGUCGAAGAUAACCUGACGGACGAUUCGCAACCGAAGAAAGCGUUAGCCGGUGUAGAUCAGAAUGGCAAUCAAUCAACGGCGGCAGGGGAAGGGACGGUACCGGAAAAGAAGGACGAUACACCGGAAAAUCCGAACAAGGUAGAAAUCGGAGAGGGCAAUUUGGUUUGUGAACUGGGACUAAGCGCCGAAGGUGCCGUUCAUAUGAUGAAAAAAAUGAAUAUCGAGUCGGAGCAGGAACAGGAUGCCAAAAAGCAGAAGAUCCGUCGCCAACGAACGUACAGCCAUGCCGACUGGGGCAGUACCUUGGCUCCCCGGUACCAAUGUGAGGAUAACGAAUGUUCCAUCCAGUCCUGUUUCAAUAGUUUCACUGCGGUCGAGAUGAUGACCGGAAACAAUAAGGUCUGCUGUGACGCGUGCACCGAACGAAUCAACGGGAAAGAUGGUAAAUCCGUAAACACGAAUGCAACGAAACAGUUUCUCAUUUCCUCACCGCCUGCCGUUAUGAUUUUGCACCUGAAACGCUUCCAAGUGGGACCGCGCGGAAUGCUACGAAAAAUUACCAAAUCGGUUGCGUUUUCAUUCGUCCUGGACAUUGCACCGUUUUGCGGUUCGCGUGUUAAAAAACUGCCCAAUGUGAAACCGGGCCAAAAGAAACUGCUCUACUCGUUGUACGGAAUCGUGGAACACUCGGGAACCAUGCACGGCGGACAUUACGUUGCCUACGUGAAAGUCCGUCCGAAGCUAUCGCGAGACGAUCCCCGGUGGGGCUUUCUUCCGAAAGGAUCCCGUGCCGAGCUGGAUCAGGAAGACGAAGAAGCCCUCCAGUUGGAACGAGAUCGGGCCAAAGAUCAGGCCCGGCAAAUGAUUAGCAAUGCGAUGGCACGUGAUAGCGAUGAUGCGCUGACUUCCUCCAGCAGCUCCACCAGCAGAUCAUCCACCGGAACCACGUCCGACGGGGAGGAGGAAGGAGCGGUCGGUUAUACGCCAAAACCGGAAACCUUACCGGAUGUGGGUGCACCGCCCGGCAAAUGGUACUACGUUUCCGACAGUCAGGUUCGGGAGGUAACCGAAGAAUCCGUGCUGAACACGCAACCCUACCUGCUGUUCUACGAACGGUUCUUCUAAUUUUAAUGCUUAUCUUACUGUCGUUUUUCCGAUGCAGUUGAAAUAAAUGGGGUGUUCGAUCUAGUUGAUUUGCUACUCAAAACUUCUACAUACUACUCAAGAUUGAAGAAUUUUCAGCUCGAAAUUGUGCAUUUAUAAGCGAUUGGCACACGACCAACAAAACAGAAAACAAAAAUCAGUUAACCGGUCGUAGUUUGUAAAAACAAAAAAGAAACAAACACAAUUAUUUAUUGGGAUUAGCUGUCCCGAACGGGAACAUCCAGAACCGGUUCAGGCAAAACUCAACCUUUCCUGUUCCGUGUCACACGAGCAGAGCCGAGCCGUCAAAUACUUCCUUCUUCUUAUUAAAAACAAAAAAAAACGUAGAUCGUAAGCUGAAGAAUCCGAAUUGGCGGAAGCUGUACUAAUUUAGGGUUAGUUUUUUCUUAGAAAUCAAUCCUCUGAUACGAAGUGGGCAGGCAACGUUUUGUAGCACUAAGGCAGCAAACACAAAUUUAUCAAAUAUAUAAUACCGAAGUUGAUCCAAAAAAAUCUGAAAAUCUGCGACAAUAUUCUCGUGGAAUGAUAACAAAUACAGUCAGUUUUGCAAUCUUUUUGCCUACAAUUCAAUCCAGCAAAAACGUCAAUAUGCUAUAAAAUAUAUUCAACAGCACUUGUAAUUUACCAAAAUCCUUUUGUUUUUUUCGAAAUACAAACA